CUGCGGCAGUGUCUCGGAGGCGGGCAGGCGGCCGGUCCCUCCGGUCCCCCCGGCAGCAUCCCGGCCCCGCCAUGGCUGGCGUCGGCUUCGCGGCGCAUCGCCUGGAGCUGCUCGCCUCCUACCAGGACGUGAUCGGCGAGGACAGCCCCACCGACUGGGCCCUCUACACUUAUGAGGAUGGCUCCAAUGACCUGAAGCUGGCAGCGUCGGGAGGCGGAGGUUUGCUGGAGCUCUCGGGCCACUUUGAGAUCCAGAAGGUGAUGUACGGCUUCUGCAGCGUCAAGGAACCCCAGGCCGUGCUCCCCAAAUAUGUCCUCGUCAACUGGGUGGGCGAGGAUGUGCCGGAUGCCCGCAAAUGCGCCUGCGCCAGCCACGUGGCCAAGAUCGCCGAGUUCUUCCAGGGGGUGGAUGUCAUCGUCAACGCCAGCAGCGUGGAGGACAUCGACCCAGGGGCCAUCGGGCAGCGGUUGUCCAACGGGCUGGCCCGUGUCUCCAGCCCGGUGCUGCACCGCCUGCGGCUGCGGGAGGACGAGAACACUGAGCCUGUGGGCACCACUUACCAGAAAACCGACGCCACGGUGGAGAUGAAGCGGCUCAACCGGGAGCAGUUCUGGGAACAGGCCAAGAAAGAGGAGGAACUGCGUAAGGAAGAGGAGCGGAAAAAGGCCCUGGACGCGCGGCUGCGGUUCGAGCAGGAGAGGAUGGAGCAGGAGCGGCUGGAGCAGGAGGAGCGGGAGCGGCGCUACCGGGAGCGCGAGGAGCAGAUCGAGGAGCACAGGAGGAAGCAGCAGAGCAUGGAGGCGGAGGAGGCCCGGCAGCGCCUGAAGGAGCAGUCCAUCUUCGGGGAGCAGCAAGAGGAGGACGACAGGCAGCAGCUCAGGAAAUCCGAGUCGGAGGUGGAGGAGGCUGCUGCCAUCAUUGCUCAGCGGCCCGACAACCCCCGGGACUUCUUCAAGCAGCAGGAGCGGGUGGCAUCGGGCAGCAGCGACGCCAUCUCGCCGGGCAGCCACAGGACAGGUCGUCUGCACUGUCCUUUCAUAAAGACAGCUGACAGUGGGCCACCUUCUUCCUCCUCCUCCUCCUCCUCCCCCCCGCGGACCCCUUUCCCCUAUAUCACCUGCCACCGCACCCCAAAUCUCUCCUCUUUCUUCCCAUGCAGCCAGUCGGACGCGUACCGCAAGGCCUCGGCCGCGGGCUGCAGCCCCUGCGAGCCCAGCGCGCCCGCCACGCCGCUGGCUCAGCCGGCCCCCCGCGCCUCACCCGACGAGACGCCGGCACAGCCCAAAGACUCCCCCAGCCCCAGCACCCAGGAGGUCGAACCAGCCACUCCCGAGCAGCACUGGCCCUUCCCGGGGCCUGAGGACAAGGCCACCGAGCCCCCCGGGGAUGAGCCCAGCCCCAGGCCCGUGUGGACGGCGGAGGGUGAUGCCCUGGGGGACCUGGUGACCCUGGAGCCCACCGAGCCCUCCCCACCGCCUGCAGCCACCGAGCCUCAGCCUGGGGGAUGUCCCAACCCCGAAAGCCUCAUCGACCUGUGGCAGAGCGAUGGGGUGACCCCGCCGGCUGCCUGGCCCCUGCCUGCAGCCCCCGUUCCCGAGGGCCCCCCAGCCACGCUGCCUGACGAGGGGGCCCUGUUGAGCCUGGAUGAGCUGCCCGAGCCCCCCGCCACCUUCUGCGACGUGGAGCAGGAGGAAGAGGAGGAGGCAGCCGGAGGGGGGGACUCCCAAACCCGGGGGCUCGGCUGCCAGCACACCCCCCAGGAGGACACCCCCGGCCGAGAGACACCCCCCAUCACCAAUGGCGAGAUGGCCCCCAAGGACGGGACGCCGGGUCGUGGGGAGCAGGCCAGCGAGGGCUACUUCAGCCAGUCCCAGGAGGAGGAGGUGCCCCCACCUGAGGAGCCAUCUGCCAAAGCCCCACAGCCCAUCUUCUACAACAAGCCCCCAGAGAUCGACAUCACGUGCUGGGACGCAGACCCCCUGCCCGAGGAGGAGGAGAGCUUCGGGGGGGGAGUGUGAGGCGGCGCCCGGCGCAGGCAGCUUGCCCCGGCCGGCGCGGGGCGGGAGGGGGCUGCAGCUGGGGGCCGGGCCCCCCCCCACCCCGCCGGGGCCCCGCAGGAUGAGGCCUCUGGGUGGGGGCUGCCCCGCUGCCCCCCACGCCCCGGGGCACCUUUUACAGCCCCCUCCCCCCCCCCCCUUUUUUUAAGUUGUCGGUAGGAGCCGUGACAGCCCCCCCCAGCCUUUCCUUAGCAGUUCCCCCCCUGCUGCCCCCAGUGCCCCUCGGAGGGGUGGGGGGGGGAGUACAGACGCUCGCAUCCCCUGCCUGGCUGUGGGACAGGGUCCUCAUUCUCUUUGUGCCCCCCCUGCCCCGGGAGCCCCCCAGUACUUUGCACGAGUUCAAAAAGCAAAAAAAAAAGGAAUAAUAAUAAUAAUAAUAAUAAAUGAAUAUGGCAAUAAAGUGACCCGACCGAGGCGAGGCUGUGGCUGGCGGCCCCCCCACCCCCAAACCCCAGCAGGGAGCUGGUGUGGGGCUUUUACCCCCCCCUUCCUCGCCGGGAGUCCCCUCCCCGCCCCGUGCCCCGCUUGGCCCCCGCUUGGCCCCUCUCCCCCUCCCUACGGUAACUGUUUUUGGAAAGCACAAGUUCUGUACGGCGGUGUGCUCAUGUCUGUUAAUAA